AUGCUUCCAUCCAUCCUCCCCUUACUGUGUCUCCUCCUACACACCGUAGGAGCCAACAGCAUCGCCAUCCACCCAAUUUCCCGACAAACCUGCCAAUCAACCGGAACCCACUGUCCGCCAGGAACCCUAAUCGUCAGCGCAACCUCCAAAAACGCCUCUCACAAAACCAUCCAAUCCGCCAUAAACUCCCUCCCGGACGACGCAACCCCGCAAACAAUCCUCAUCCUAGAAGGAACCUACAAAGAACAAGUAAACAUAACCCGCUCGGCCCCAAUAACCCUACUGGGCCAAACAACCUCCCCCAAAGACGCAACCCGAAACCGCGUGCGCCUCACCUGGGCCGCGGGGAACAGAGACAGCACCGGCAGCAUCGACAAUGUCUUCUCCAGCGUGCUGGUUGUAGCACCCACGCUCGAAUCGAGUCUCACGGGCUCCGGACCAACGGGGUAUCCCGUGCCCGCCGAUACGCCGUUCGGGAAUAAGAACUUCCGCGUGUAUAAUGUCGACUUUGAUAAUACUUGGGCAGAAUACUCGGAUGGGCCGGCGCAUGCGCUGAGUCUUAGUCGGGCUAAUGGGGGGUUCUAUCAUUGUGGGUUUUAUUCGUAUCAGGAUACUGUGUACAUAGGCAAGCUCGGAAACGCUUACUUCUACCAAAGCAUCCUAGCCGGCCAAACAGACUUCCUCUACGGCUUCGGCACAGCCUGGAUCCAAUCCAGCGCCCUGCAACUCCGCGGCUGUGGGGGUGGUAUAACCGCCUGGAAAGGGACGAACACAACAACACCGAACAAGUACGGCGUGUACAUUGUUGACUCGAGCGUGCGUGCGGCGAACACCUCCGUCGCGGCUGAUAUCAAGGGCUCGUGUGCGCUCGGCCGGCCGUGGAAUAGUCAGCACCGCUCGAUCUUUGCGCGCUCUUAUGAGGACGGUAGUAUUGAUGCGCGGGGGUAUGUUGAUUGGGUCAUUGAUGGUGUUGGGAGGUUCGAGAAGGGCGUUACGCUUAUGGCGGAGUAUCGGGUUUUUGGACCUGGGGUUAAUGAGACUGCUCGUGUUGAGGGCGGUGUUACUUCUGUUCUUGGAUCGGAGGAGUUUGAGACGUAUAGUACUCCACAGAAGGUUUUUGGAGAUACGAAGUGGGUUGAUUGGGAGGUUGUUAAGGGGAACUAA